UUGGUACAAGCUGACCCACGCAGAGCAGCUGGGAAGAGAAACGUGUGAUGCGUCCUCCUCUUAAAAAAAAAAGAGUGCGCAAACACGAAAACGACACAGCAGCAACUCCGCCCUCCGCACCGCAACACUGGGCCGGUGUAGCGCUGCCUGGCACGGCCGCCGGCGCACCUGGAAUUUGAGAGGGUCCCGCUCUCGAGGACACACCUUCAUUGAAAGCGCCCCUCUCCUCGCUGAUGCGCUUGUUUCCCUCGAUGUCAGCUGAGGGCGACAGAGGGAGGUGUUUCCCGAUUUCCAUUCUCAAGAAUCUCCCCCGCCGCCACCACCACCACCACCACCACCAGCACCACCAGCAGCAGCAGCAGCUUCAGCAGCUUCCCUCCGCGAUUCCUGCGCGCUCCGAGGGGGUCGACGUGUUUCAACGGCGGACCGACGAGAGGACCGGACCCGUCGCCGUAUCGCGGGGGUGACAGCGGGGCAACGCCGCACGCAGGUGGAGGUGGCAACGGCUGGCGGUCCGGGUCUGCGUGAGGGGGGGGGGGGCGAGAGCGAGAGCGAGAGAGAGAGCGAGAGAGAGAGCGAGAGAGAGAGAGAGAGAGAGAGAGAGAGAGAGAGAGAGACGCGCGACGCGACGAAGACGAUGAGCCGCGCCGCCUCUUCACCACCGUGACUCGAGCUGCCGAGCCGCCCGAGCGGGCUUUUCGUGGGUCGUCGUCUCAAGUCCCUGUCAGCCGGCGCGCUCACUUCCUGCGGUGAAGCCCAGCGGAACACCUGGAAUGGAAAAACUCUGCUCCGCUCUGCCACGUCUGGACUAUAGUAGAAACUCGCAAGGGAGAAUGAAGUAACCGCUAUGGAGCCGGACAAUGCCCCGCACUCCAAACUCAAAACAGCUGGAGUCGGGGGGAGAGCUCUGAUUCUUUGGGCCGUGCUGUGCUGCGCCUGCUCUCUGAGACUUGCCCAAGCACAAGAUGUGGAUGUGCUACAGCAGCUCGGGCUUUCUGGGAGGAGAACGGGGGAGCCAACGUUUUCGGACACCCGCUCCAUCCCUAACGGAGUCAUUCCCUUCAAAUCUGGAGUCAUCCUCACCCAGCGGGCACGCAUCCAGGUGCCACUGCACUCCGUUAUCCCUGCUACCUACAGCUCCACCAACCUCUCUCUGAUCCUCAGCCUGUCUGCCCAUCGUGUCAACAGUGCCUUUCUUUUCACCAUCCUGUCUAAGAAAAAGAAACUGCAACUUGGGCUGCAGUUCAUCCCAGGGAAAGUCCUUGUACAUGUGGGACAGAGGAACUCUGUGAGUUUUGACUACAAUGUCCAUGAUGGCCGGUGGCACAGUUUGGCCAUGGAUAUUCAGGGGCAACAGGUGUUCUUGUAUACUUCUUGUGGGAAAAAAAGUGUACACGCAGAUUUGCGUUCUAAGAGAGAGGAGGCCCUGGACCCAGAGGGUUCUUUCCUCCUGGGCAAGACGAACCAGAAUUCGGUGCCGUUUGAAGGUGCCAUUUGUCAGUUUGACAUUUAUCCCUCUGCCAAGGCAGCUCAUAACUAUUGUGAUUACAUUAAGAAACAUUGCAGAGAGGCUGACACCUAUCGGCCUGUAUUGCUGCCCCUGCUACCUCUGUUUUCCACAGACCCAAACAUUACUGUCACCCAUAUCACUCCUCUGUCACUGACAGAACUAACCAAAAAACUCCACCGACCUACUUUGGCCUGGACCGAGGAAAAGACCAGGACUAAAUUUCUUGCUCCGACUGACAGUCUGAAUGAAACCUCUUAUUAUCAGAUAGCAGGUACUCCAAAGCCAGGUACUAUGUCUCCUCCUUCACUGGUGCACCCAGGGUUGGAGAAGCCGUUCAGAUUUGCUACUCAAACAGUUACCACGUCUCUGCGGACAUUGUCAAAACAGAAACCAACAUCCCACAGCAGCGUUGGGAAGAACAUGAAUGAAAUCAAGAUCCAGAAAACGUCUGGGAGCAGCAAGACUCUACCUGCCUCUACCAGGCCACCAAAGAUGAAGCCAAACCUCCAGACGACAGCUGCCUCAAAGCAGGGGUCUUCUUCAAAUACCUACCUUCUCCACAGGAAGCAGCUGACCACAAUAGCUCCAAAGAAACCUGAGCCAAAAGUGACCAACGUGCAGGAUGUCAAACCCACCUUGCUUACUCCAAUCACUGCAGCUGCAACAGAUGGCCUCCAAACAUUUGACUUGGAACCAACCCAAUUCUCACUGCUGGCUGGACCACCUGGACUAAAGGGAGAGCCAGGACCAGCGGGACUUAAGGGACCUCCUGGGAAGCCAGGGCAGCCAGGGAAGAGGGGCCCCCGGGGUCCUCCCGGUCCACAUGGAAACCCCGGUCGCCCUGGACCUCCUGGAUUUAAGGGCCAAAAAGGAGAUCCUGGACUUUCCCCUGGUCGUGCCCCAAAAGGAGAGAAAGGAGAGAUAGGUGCACUUGGGCCCCCUGGUCUGCUCGGCCAAGAUGGACGAAAGGGACAAAAAGGUCAUCCCGGCCCCCCUGGUCUCCCAGGUGAACCUGGCGAGCGGGGAGAAGAUGGAAGCCCCGGGGCCAAAGGUUAUCCUGGCAGGCAGGGAUUACCUGGCCCCAUUGGGAAAAUGGGGCCUAAAGGAUCCAGGGGUCACAUAGGAAUCCCUGGGCUUUUUGGCCUUCCCGGACCUGAUGGCGAGAGAGGAAUUCCUGGCGUUCAUGGGAAGAAGGGCAAGAUGGGUAGGCCGGGGUUUCCUGGGGACUUUGGUGAAAGGGGACCACCAGGCCCUGAUGGGAACCCAGGUGAGCUCGGAGCUCCUGGUCCAUGCGGAGUCCCUGGCCUGAUUGGAGAUAUGGGCCCUAUUGGCACCAUGGGGUUACCAGGUCCUCCAGGACUCAAGGGAGUACCUGGAAACCCAGGGGAACCAGGACUGAAAGGUGAUAAGGGGGAAGUUGGGUUACCGGGAGAGCCAGGGGAGCGUGGCUUUCAAGGUGACAAGGGUCUCCAGGGCUCUCCUGGGGUGCCAGGUCUUCGCGGAAAACCUGGAACUCAGGGUAAACCUGGUGACCAAGGCCCUGGUGGUAUACCUGGCCCUCUAGGUCUGGAGGGCUUUCCAGGAGACAUUGGCCCACCGGGACACAAUGGUCCUGAAGGGCCAAAGGGGAAGCCUGGGCUACGAGGUUUACCUGGUCCCAGAGGAUCACCUGGACCAGAGGGUGACGAGGGACCUGUCGGGCCAGCCGGGGCCCCCGGACCGGAGGGCAGACCUGGGAGGCAAGGAUUCCCGGGAAGCACAGGCCCAGAUGGACCCAAGGGCGAGCCUGGGAUAACUGGCGAGGUCGGAAAGCUUGGCGAGAGGGGCCUCCCGGGUUUCAUCGGGCCUGUCGGUGAGAUAGGCAUCGCUGGGGAAAAGGGGGACCGAGGGGAAACAGGCCUCCCCGGACCACCAGGGGAAAAGGGGGCGAUGGGUCAUCCUGGAGCUCCUGGAGAGAGUGGCCCCACUGGACCACAAGGGAUACCAGGGCCUCCUGGUUCGCGUGGAGUGAUUGGCAUCAGAGGAUCCAAGGGCAGGCGGGGUCCAAGGGGUCCUGAUGGCCCACUGGGGGAGAAAGGCUCUACUGGAGUGAAGGGCCCUGAUGGUCCACCAGGAAAAUUUGGCUUCCCUGGCGAGAUGGGAAAGAUUGGCGAACCAGGUGAAGCAGGGCCUAAGGGAUUUCCAGGUAUUCCAGGACCUUCUGGGCCUCCAGGAGCCAAAGGAAUAGCAGGAGAAAUAGGACCAACAGGCCCACCAGGAACAAUAGGACCACUGGGCGAGAUGGGGCUUAAGGGGCCACCAGGAAAGGUUGGCGAACAGGGACUACCUGGCGAACAAGGAGAGAAGGGUGCCGUUGGUCAGGCUGGAAACACCGGGGAGCAGGGUUUGAUGGGCCAGAGGGGUGAGCCAGGCAUUGAUGGGGAGGCUGGGCUGAGUGGACCCGACGGAGCCAAGGGUGAAAAAGGAGAACCUGGUCCAGAGGGCGCUAAAGGAGACAGGGGCGCAAUCGGACUGAAAGGAAAGGAAGGACCCCCUGGGUCCCCUGGGCUGUUGGGUGUGAGGGGUCAGGAGGGUAAACCUGGCAAAAUUGGCGAAAGAGGAAAACCAGGAGAAAAGGGCAGCAAGGGUCACCAAGGUCACCUGGGGGAAACUGGGCCAAUCGGAGAACUGGGAGAACCAGGAUUUGUCGGGCCAAAGGGGGCAAGAGGAACCACUGGGCCAGUGGGUGCUCCGGGAAGGAUGGGCCAACAAGGGGAUCCAGGCUUAGCAGGAUACGAGGGUCACACAGGACCACAAGGCCCGUUAGGUCCCCCUGGUCCAAAAGGUGAAAAGGGUGAACAGGGGGAUGACAGCAAGCUGGAAGGCCCUCCAGGUCCCCAAGGUGACAGAGGUCCUUUUGGAGACCGAGGAGAGAGAGGAGCAGCAGGCGACCCAGGAUACAUUGGCCAAACGGGUGUUGAUGGAGAGAGAGGUGAAGCUGGUGCCCCAGGACUUCCUGGACAUCCUGGACCAAAAGGACAACAAGGACUGAAAGGAUCCAAAGGUGAUCAAUCCAGAUACGUUGAAACUGAACUGUGUUAUGAAUUAUUUCUGCUCCAGGGUCAGAAAGGAAAACAGGGACCAAGAGGUUCAACUGGGACCAAAGGACCACCAGGUCUAGAGGGUCCUCUUGGCCCAAGAGGUGUGGUUGGCAGGGAAGGACUUGAAGGCCCGCCUGGAAUGGAUGGACAACCAGGUAAAGAUGGCAGCAAAGGAGUCAAGGGGGAACAGGGAGACGAUGGAGAGUUUGGUCUUCUUGGAAAACCUGGACAAAGGGGUAAAACUGGGGUCCCUGGGCUUCCUGGAAGUCAAGGCUCCUUUGGACUCAAGGGUGAAAGGGGUCUCCCAGGCCAAACUGGACCUUCAGGGAAGAGAGGUUUCCCUGGUGGGAUGGGGUUGCCAGGGAAACAGGGGGACCAAGGACCCAAAGGGCAACCAGGGGAUACUGGCGAACAAGGGUUUCCAGGGGUUCUGGGCAUGUUUGGGCCAAAGGGACCUCCGGGAGACACAGGCCCAGCAGGAAUACAGGGACCCAAAGGACCUCGUGGCUUGAUGGGUAUGGAUGGGGCUCUGGGCCCUAUUGGCAUCAUUGGCCCCAGUGGUCACCCCGGACCCCAAGGUGACAAAGGGAAUCGGGGCGAGAUGGGGGUGCGAGGACCAAGGGGACCCCCUGGUCCUCGUGGACCACCAGGACCCCCAGGGCUCCCGAGUACUCCCCUCGCAUUUAAACAGGAUCCUCUUGAUGCUGCUUUUGAAGUCAUCAUUGAUUCCCAUGCCAAACUUAGAUCAGAGAAUUACCAGAGUAUGGACCUGCCCAUGUUGGACCAGAGCACAGUGAUCUUUAAGACCCUGCAGCAGCUCAACACGCUCAUCCAGAGUCUGAAGAACCCGCUGGGAACCCGCGAUAACCCCGCCCGGAUCUGUCGGGAUCUCCAGGAGUGCGAACAGAGGAUGCAUGAUGGUACUUACUGGAUUGACCCAAACCUCGGUUGCUCAGCUGACACUAUUGAGGUGAUCUGCAACUUCACUGGCGGAGGGCAGACCUGUCUUAAACCCAUCACUGUGUCCAAGUUGGACAUAGGUGUGGGUCGUAUCCAGAUGAACUUCCUCCACCUCCUGAGCUCGGACGCAGUGCAGCACAUCACCAUCCACUGCUUCAACACCCCAGUGUGGGCAACGGGGCCAUCCCUGCGACCUUCACCAAAGGCUGUGAGUUUUAAGGCCUGGAGCGGCGAGAAGAUUCAGGCCGGGGACCUUCUCGAACCCAUCAUUCCCAGGGAUGAUUGCUGGAUCAAAGAUGGCCGCUGGCAUCAGACCCAUUUUGUCUUCCAGACCCAGGACCCACACUUACUCCCCAUAGUGGAUGUAUACAACCUGCCUGCGACAGAGUCUGGCUCACACUACCACCUGGAGGUUGGACCGGUGUGCUUCUUAUAGGGCCCUGUGGGAGCCCUUCAAUGCUCCUCAAAGGAGUGACUGCGCUGCGGGGAGGAUGGAAAGGGGAGACUGGUGCUUCUCUAGGUUUCCGGAGUAAAAAAAGAGCCCCACAUCCCUCUCUGUGUGAUAUGCUUGGACUGCAGGAACAGGAGGGAAGGGAGAGCAUGAGAGAGAGAGCGAAAAGAAAGAGGAGUAAGAGGCACUGCAGAGAUAACAGAGACUUCUGGCCUUAGUCCGCCCAUUGGAAAAUAAUAAGCUCUUCUUUUUCAGAGACUUGUUUCUUUAAUACAAGGUCUGGAUGCCCAGAAUGGAAGGAGUAAUAUAAUGGUCUCAUUUCUGUCAUCUCUUUUUGGACCAUGUUGUAACAUAUUCCCUUAAAGGUCUGAUAACCCAUUUACACAAAACCUUCCCAAAAUU